AUGAAUUACCUCGCCCUCACACGCACCCGCGAUGGGCGCCCGAACGUCAGGCAGCAGCGCAUUCUGAGAUAUGACGACUCUGAGCCCCAGAAGCACUCAGAUGUAAAAGCAAGGAUUCAGCUGUUGGCAGCCGCGGAGACCUCGCCGAGCGCCGGGGCGUGGCUGACGUGUCGACGCUCUACGGCGAGAUGGUGGGCGUCGCGAGCGGCCCGUCUGAGAGCGUCUCUCACGCCCACACGCACGCCCACCCUGUCAGCGACCCCCCCACCCCCUCCCGCCCACGCCAACGCCUACACGGAGCCCAACCCACUGGCUGCCCACGGUACCCACGCCACUCACGCCCACGUCGAGCCCGUGCACGCCCACGCUGAGUCGCAGCAGCACACCCACCACGCCCAGUACAUCCAGCAGGAGUACACGCCGCCCGCGCCCCCGCCCGCGCUGGUCGAGAUGCACCACUCCGCUUCCUACCAUCACAUGCCGCCCUCUGCCACCACCGCCGCCCCUACCUACACCCACGCCCACGCCGUGCCCGUCUCCCACACCCAGACGCUGCCCCACCCACGCUCCGGCCACGCGAGGGCACAGCACGCCCACGCGGCCACGCUGCAGAGGAGGAGCAGCCUCUACAUGGACCCCAUGAUCACACCCCUCGCCCCGCCCCCCGCCUACGGCUCCCCUACCACCACCCUCGCUCCAGACAUGAUGGUGGUUGUUCCGAUGGUUGCAGAGACGGUCUGCAUCACGCCCAACGCCCCUCUGCACGCCCACUCGCACGCCCGCGCCAAUCCGCCCGACCAGUAUCCGGCCCAGCCCUUUCCCACCUCCUUCAGUUCGGAUAGGAUGGAGAGUGCCGUGUGAAGUAGGCUGUGAUGAAGGAAGGGAGAACGAGAGGGGAGGGAGGAAGAGGGGAAGUGAGAAAGAGGGAGGGAUGAGGGGAGGAGAAGGGGGGAAUAAACUGUGAAAAUUACACGAGUAGAGAAGUGACGAUGAGAAGUGAUGAUAAGGAAUAAUGAUUUUUAUGAAACUAGAUAAAAAUAAUAAUACGUAUACUUGAAAAGACAUAAAAAAAAAAAAAUAUAUAUAUAUAUAUACUUCCCAUAGGAGUUUUCAAAACCUCCAUAGCCUAGGAUAGAAAAAUGUUGGGAAAAUGAACGAAAUGAAAGCGCCAAUGUUAAAAGAAAGAAUAAGAAAGAAAGAAAGGAGAGAUAAAGAAGAGAAAGAGAUUCUUCUCUUAAAAUCUCCUGCGUCGAAAAUUCUUCGGUGGAAUCAUCGUGUAAUUACUUUCUGAAUAAAAAUAGAAAGAAAAAAAAAUAUAUAUAUAAAAAAAAAUAAAACAUUUGUACUUGUACAGAAUACUUUGGUACUUGUUGUGGAUACCUGUUAAUUAUUCGGUUAACGAACUGAUGAGUUUAUAUCAGUGCCAGAGCGUACUAGUCUUACCAAGGACAAUGUAGGAAUAUGAUUAACAUGAAAAUAAAAUGAAUUUCAAAAUAAACUUGCUUGAUGAUGCAAGCGCAUACAUUUACAUAUGUUUUCAUCUAUCUUGAUUUAUCUGUCGAUAUAUUUAUCUGUGCGUUUAUGCGUCUCUCUGUCUCUGUCUCUGUGUCUCUCUCUCUCUCUUUCUCCUACUCACACACACACAAACAC